CCGAAAAUCACUAACUGGUGAAAAAAGCUAUCAACAGAUCAACAGAUCAACUACUUGUUAGGCCCCAAAGACGAUGGCUCCAAUUCCCCAGGAUAAGGUUGAGGAGAUUGGUUUGCUACAUCCCAAGGUGCUUCUACUUCUGGCGGGAGUGACCACCUCGCUUUUCAUUUCGUAUCGAUUCUACAGACGGUAUGUGCGUCGGAUUCGUAACUAUUUGGACUUGACACCGGAUAUUCUCGAAGGGAAUCGACAAUUAUACGGGAAAGUGACUCGGGUAGGCGAUGGUGAUAACUUUAGGUUCUACCAUACCCCUGGAGGGGUUUUCAUGGGAUGGGGCUGGUUGAGACAAGUCCCAACCAAGAGAAAUGAGUUGAAAGAUGAGACUUUGAUGAUACGACUUUGUGGUGUUGAUGCUCCUGAAAGGGCCCAUUGGGGGAAGCCGGCGCAACCUUUUUCCGAAGAGGCGUUGGGGUGGCUUCAGGACUAUGUUUUCGGUCGGUACGUGGUGGUUACUCCGUAUCUGAUUGAUCAGUACAAGCGGGUUGUUGCUCGGGCUCAGGUAUGGAAAUGGACCGGUAAGAAAGACGUGAGUGCAGAGAUGUUGAAAACAGGUCUCGGUGUGGUGUAUGAAGGGAAAGUAGGUGCUGAGUUUGGCGAACAGGAGUCCUGGUACCGAAGUUUAGAGGCUAGGGCCAAAAGAUUCCGCCGGGGGGUUUGGUCAUUGGGUAAGAAUCUAACCACCCCAAGCGAAUUCAAGAAAAUACAUUAUCGUAACGAUUGACUUAUUGUUUAUCUUUGUAUAUCGAUAUUAGCAUUUACAUACAUAUAUAUCUAAUUGAAUUGUUUGACUAAUUCACAAACUUCUUGCGA